UUUUUUUUUUUAUUAAAAGUAUUUUUUCCUUAUACAAUUAUACAUUUCAUUUGGAAAAUUUGGGAGGGAAACUCGAAAAUUUUAAAAUCAGAAAUCUACCGAAUAACAAGAGUAGACCUAAGUCCACCUAACAACUUUCCAUUGAGGGAAGAGAGAGAAAAUAUUCAUUCAAUUUCAAUUUUCCAUCGUUUUGUUCGAAGCUGUCAGGUCCCUCUCUAUCUCCUCUGCAACUUAUCUUCUCUCUGCAUUCCUCAAUCUAGUACGAAUUAACAUUAGGGUUUCUUUAGAGAGAGAAAGAGGAGAGAGAGGUUCAUGAUCGUCCCUUUUUGUUAAAGUCGUCAGGUCUAUAUCCUCUCUGAAACAACUUUCUCUCUCCACAUUCUUCAGUCUGAAAUUCUUACACACAUAUAUUUAGAGAGAGAAUUAGGGUUCCUAAUUGGGAGAUAUGUCUCAGAGCAGCACGAAUAGCACCGGAAGUGGACCGGAUUUUCAUCUAUCGGAUGAGAUUUUGUCGGUGAUCCCAAUGGAUCCGUACGAGCAACUGGAUCUGGCACGGAAGAUCACGUCGAUGGCCAUUGCGUCUCGCGUGUCGAAGCUGGAAUCGGAGGUGGUGAGGCUCAGGCAGAAGAUUUACGAGAGAGAUCGCGCCGUAGUGGAGCUCGAAGAGAGGGUUAAUCAACUCCAACACGACAAUCAAGAAUCCGAUAGACGACUAAAAAUAACCACCGAUGAUAAUAUGAAACUCUUGAAGGAGCGAGAUUCAUUGGCCAUGACGGCAAAGAAAUUAGCACGCGAUUUGUCCAAGUUGGAGACAUUCAAGAGACAAUUGAUGCAGUCACUGAGUGAUGAUAAUUCAUCGCAAGCUGAAACUGUUGACAUAGGGACCUAUGAACAGUCAGUUCCCAAAUCCUAUGCUAUGAAAGAUCGACAGAUGAAUGACCAAAUGGUGCAACAUUCUGUGACUGGCUCUACAGAAAGUGGAAACACAAUUGAUGAGGGUUCAAAGCAAUAUGGGCAAAGAUUUUCUAUCACACCAUAUAUAACACCACGACUUACUCCGACCGGAACUCCAAAAAUCAUAUCGACGAGUGUGUCUCCAAGAAGGUAUUCUGCUGUUGGAUCUCCACAGAGAACCUCUGGUACCACAUCUCCUGUGAAAACUCAAUAUGAAGGACGGGGUGCACUUUCUUCAUGGUACCCAUCAAGCCAGCAGUCAUCUGCUGCAAAUUCUCCUCCUCGUGGACUCCCAGUUCCAGGACGAACUCCUCGAAUUGAUGGAAAGGAGUUCUUCCGUCAAGCUAGGAGUCGUCUAUCAUAUGAACAAUUCAGUGCAUUUCUUGCUAACAUAAAGGAGCUAAAUGCUCAAAGGCAAACUCGGGAGGAAACUCUGAGGAAAGCAGAAGAGAUAUUUGGAGUGGAUAAUAAAGAUCUUUACCUAUCUUUUCAAGGAUUGAUUAACCGCAAUCGUAUUCAAUGAUGAUUGGUACGUUUAUCCCCAAUCACCAUCUCUAGGUCUCUGAAUUUUUGGACUUGUUCCUUCAACUGGACUUUUUCUAUUUUUUAUUGACUCUAGUCUCUAGGAAAACAAUGCUCACUUAAGGUAUACAUAGAUCUGAGUCCGACUCAUCCAUUGCAGAUUAUGUAUACUUAAGCAAGUACAGCAUAGCUUCUGUAGGCUUACUUGUGUUCCAUUCCUGGCGGGCAUUGGGUAAAUAACUGUCUUUUUCGCAUUACCUGCUGUGCCUCUUACAUUUCAAAAUGUACCAAUUGACACUAGCAAGAUUUUCAUUGAAUCAACUACCAUAAAAUCACAGUUUUCUUCUGUAUGUGUGGGGUUCAUCAUUUUCCCCUUCAAUUUUACCAAUGUUGAUAAGAUUAUGAUCUGAUGUAACUUGAUCAGGUUUUGUUUUAUUUUUGUUUAUCAGCCUCGAAUGUCAUUGCCCAUGUUUGAUAAACCCGAGCAUCAUAAUGUGAAUACCUUUGCUAAGUAAUCCCAAUGUAUAGCUCUUUUAUCACAA